AAGCACAGUGCGCCGCCAUGUUGCGGGGACCGGAAGUAGAGUUUCCCUGGGAUAUGGCGCUGCUUUGCGUUUAGUUAUUGAGCGAGAGAAGCGAGGCCUCCAGUGGGGAGUCGGACCAGCAUGCGGGAAACAGGAAAAGGCGUAUAGGGUGCCAACUCAUCAUUCUUAAUCACUGCCAUCAAAAUGUCAACAUCUACCUCCUCACAGCACCUGUCUGGGAAGGAUGCCUCCCUUCAAAGUAUAUUGGGCAGUGAAGGGAAUCCGGUACGACCCCAGCCAGCACUACUGAAGAUUCUGCAUACAGCAGGGGCAAAGGGGGAAACAUUUACCUUAAAGCAGGUUAUGCAUUACCUGGGACAGUAUAUAAUGGUGAAACAGCUCUACGACAAGCAACAGCAGCAUAUUGUCCACUGUGGCACUGAUGAACUUGGGGAGUUGCUUGGCAUUACAACCUUCUCUGUUAAGGACCCAAGUCCCCUAUAUGAAAUGCUGAAGAAGAACCUCUAUCGAAUGUCUUAUUCAGAUGCUGAACAGAGUCCCUCAAGAGACCACGUGCAGGAACCUGGCAAAUUGGAUCAGGAGAAGAGUUUCGACGAAGGAAUAUUCAUCUCAGAAAGUCAAGAUGCUUGUGACAGUACAACUGGAGUUGCUUACUCAUCUCUUAAGCGUCCUGUGAUAGAAGGUAUAGAAGAUUCACCCAACUCUAAAUACCCACGCCUAGAUCUUGCAUUUGAGGAGUGGGAUGAAGCUGGGCUACCCUGGUGGUUUUUGGGAAAUUUGAGGACAAAUUACAUUCCUCAGAGUAAUGCAUCUACUGACAUUCCUUCUAACCAGGACAUCGAUACAGCCCUUGUAUCUGAUACCACCGAUGACUUGUGGUUCCUUAAUGACUGUCGAUCGGAUCAGAUCAAUGUUGAAGUGAAACUGGAUGCUGUAGACUCGCCGAAUAGCGAGGGUGAAGAAAUAAAGGAAGAUGAAGGCAAGAAGGUGAUUAAAGUUACAAUUUACGAGGAUGAUCCAGAGGAUACUCAGAGUUUAAGUGAUGAUACAGACACUGAAAUCACUUCUGAGGACUGCUGGCAGUGUUCAAAUUGCCACAAAUUAAACUCUCCAGUAAAGCGUUACUGCUUCCGCUGCUGGGCGCUACGAAAAGACUGGUAUAUGGACUCUCCUCGCCUCACCCACACUUUGUCAACCCCUGCACUUCGUGCCAAGGGCUUCUCUGAAGAUGACCAGAAUGGAAUUGACAUCCCUGACUGCCGGAGAACAGUGUCUGCACCAAUGGUGCGGCCACAAGGAGCAUAUAUCAAGCAACCUUCAUCCUCCCUGGAUCCCUUAGACCUGGCAGCAUGUUCAAGAAAUUUCUCAGAAAGCACAGAUACAUUAUUCAGUUGCCAGUCUGAUGAAGUGUCCUUGGAGUCUAGCCGACCACUGUUGGAACCUUGCCAGCUUUGCCAUAAAAGGCCUCGUAAUGGCAAUGUGGUCCAUGGGCGCACUGCCCACAUGGUGGCUUGCUUUCCUUGUGCACGCAACCUUAAAAGAAGUCAGAAGGGCUGCCCAGUGUGCCAGAAACCCAUACAGAUGGUGGUGAAAACAUAUGUUGCAUAAAUACAGCAUCGUGCUGCAUGAUUGAACCUUUGGUUUUUUUGUUUUUUUUCUUUUUUGAUUUGUUUUUUACCCCCACUUUUUGCUGCCAACACAGCUGGGGUACCUGGACCAUUGUUAUGGAAACAGGCAUUUUUGUAUUUUAAGCUCAUAUUUGUGUUUUUGUUCCUCAAGCACCUUGUAUUUGUUUAUUUUAUUGUGGACACCAUGAAGGCUUUUGCGUUGAAGUACAACACGGCAAAACCAAUUGAAUUUUGUUUACCGGGGAUGUCGGGAAGAGUCCUCUUGUCUCUCAAACUCUUGGGACAGAGGUUUAUUCCUGUCCUCAAAAGAGAAUGUGCUAUCACUGCCAAUAUAGCUAACUGAAAUGUUGUAUAAAAGUUAAUCUCCUCAAGCCAAGCAGAAUGGAGGAUAUACAUUGUCAGAUGAUAUUUAUAAAGAUAUAUAAGAUAUAUUUAAUGAAAGCUGUGUAUUUAUGUAUGGACAUCGACAUGUGCAGUCUUUAAAACAAAUGUACUUGGUGUCUCUAGAACCAUGAGUAAUAGUAGUUUCUAAUUUUAGUCCUUAAAGCAGCUAGUUUGGCCCUUUCCAAACCCUCCCUCACCCCAGCAAUAAGAAAACAAAAAAAUUUGCAUCCCAUAAACAUAUGGGGG